GAGCGAUUUGCUUGGACGUAGUGCAGUCCUACAACUAUGGUUAGAAUUCUGGGAAAACGACAAUGAUGACGUUUACAAAAUGGCGGAAGGAGGUGGAAUAGAUGAUGUAGGAUGGCACACAGACUUAGUUUUGGCGCUGUCAAAACAAAAGGACAUCGACAGAUUGCGGGAACUUUGUAAAGGUCAUAAAAUCCCGGCCGAAAAUCGAGCUGAUGUUUGGAAGGUUUGUCUAAACGUGGUUGGUAAACCAGAUGCGUUGUCAAGUUGGGAUGGACUUCUUGAUCUUCAUCAACAGGAUACUAUUCGGGAUGACUGUCGCCUACGAGCCGCUAACCUUCAGCUACCAGAAGAUGAAGCAGAAGAGGUGGCACGUGACAUGGAAGGCAUCAUAACAUUUUACUGUAAAUCUCGUAAUGAAAAGUACCAUCCUACCAGUGGAUUAGCAGAAGUGCUUGCACCUUUUAUGAUGUUGGAGCUGCCCAUGAAUGAUGUUUACAACUGCUUUUAUGCAAUGCUUUACAAAUACAUACCCAGAGACUGCAUUCAAGAUGGAAAGCCAUUUCAUUUGUUUAGACUCCUCUUACAGUACCAUGAUCCUGAACUGUGUUGUUUCUUAGAAUCUAAAAAACUUUGGCCUGAAAUGUAUUGUCAGACAUGGUUACGAAGCCUCUUCAUGGUAGCCUGUGAAACAAAUGUGUUAAGAGCCAUUUGGGAUGUGUAUCUCCUAAAGGCUGAUCCCUUUUUGGUCUUUUUCCUUAUGCUUGUGAUGGUCAUUAAUGGCAGAGACAUGCUUCUUGAGAUGGAACAUGAAGACAAAAGGGAAUUACUAGAUACAAUAUCUUCCAUUCCUUCACAAUUAGAGGAAGAUGACAUUGAAGACUUUUGUUCAUUAGCUGAGUAUUAUGCUUCAAGAACACCACAGUCUUUCAGAAAGGAAUAUUAUAACCAGUUGUUUGGUAUAAAAACCAUCAAUUCCAACAGUGUAUCUCAAGCAUUGUGUCUGCCAGUCUCUGUGUCUGAACUUGUUGAAGUGAAUCAGUCCUCUAAAAAGGAUGUAGGUGUGAGAUUUUUUGUGGUGGACUGCAGGCCAGCAGAUCAGUACAACAGUGGCCAUCUUCCUACUGCCUUCCACUUGGAUGCUAACCUGAUGUUACAAGCCCCAUCAGAGUUUGCUACAGCAGCGAAUGCAUUGUUUGCUACUCAGCAACAGUCUAUUGAAGCAGGAUCCGCUGCAAGUGGAGAACACCUGUGCUUUAUUGGCUCAGGGCGUGAAGAAGAAGACCAGUAUGUUCACAUGGUUAUUGCUAACUUUCUUCAGAAAAAGUCCAAGUAUGUCAGUAUUGCCAGAGGAGGAUACCAAGCUCUUCAUGAAUUAUUGUCUGACAACUUAUCAACUGGACUGGCAGACCACACUCCAAACACUUGUAUUGUUUGUACACCUGAAGCCUUUUCAGAAGAUGAAAGUUAUCAUGAACUGUCAAGAGGGGAACAGAGCCCGAGUGAUUCUAGAGGCAGCCUAGUUAGUAUGUUGUCCUCAGCUAUCAAAUCAGGGACUCAUGUAAAGCAGAAAAUAGGACAAUACAUCGCUGAAUCACAUCAACCUGUGGAAAGACACGUCAGUGAGAAAGACAGACAGAGCAAGCUUUAUAGAAACGUACAACCAGUGUUCAGUAUUGAGGACGAAGAUGAAGAAGGAGAUAAUGGCAGUGCUAGCUCAGAGGAAGAAACACGAAAAGAAGCAGUGAAUAUAGAUACGUGGCUUCAUCGCAAGGAUGCGGUAGCCUCUUUUAAGUGCCAUCAGAUCAUCAAACAUGGAUUCUUAACACCAAGCCACAUCCUCCUCACAGAUGUUCAAAUGUUUAUUUUACGCGAAAUACCCAAAAAAGAUGGCUGGGCGUACAUUCAAAACAGGCAUCACCUUACUUCAGUGGUUAAGAUAACGUCUAAAAGAAGACAUCCAGACUUGAUCACAUUUAAAUAUGGGACAAGCGACGGAGAAACAAUUGAAGUCAAUGAGACAGAAAGAUAUAUUAUUCCCAAUGCAAAAAAGGCGACGCAAAAAAUCAAAGAUAGAAUACUAAAAUUAGUUGACGAGUCAUGAUAUUCGGUCCAGCCUCUUCACAAAGAGUAGUUAUUGUUUGCGCCAGAAUUACAAGCAAAAUGAGGUGAGGUUAGCCGAAGGCGGAUUUUUGGAUUGAUUGUUCCAGUCUUUUUCAUUAUAUUAAACCUUGAUUUUUCUGUUAGAGAACAAUACUCGAUAACAUACUUUCCUUCACUCUGGAUUGAGUACACGUUGCUCUCAAGGCAAUGACUAUGAAUCGUCAUUCAUUAGCAGCAUGUUGGAGGGCGUCGUGUCUCUUCUAUCAGAUAAUCAGAUCCGUAAUUUUCACGAUUGUGAGCCAGGAAAGAAAGUUGUAGACUGCUUUACUUGGCAUUGUUUUUCUCUUAUCUCGUUUGCUUUAACACGCAGUCAUUUUUUACCACAACGUAAUUUUUUUUUCAAAGAAAAACAAAUCAAAGUCCAUUGCAAAUUUCCUGGAAAACACAACAAAACAUUCUAAAAAUUUAAUAUACGACAGAAAAAUAAAUUCAGAUUUUGUAUGAUAUCAGUGUCCGGUUAGCAAAGGCAUGACAUUGUGCAGUUACCUCAGUGUUCAGUGUCUCCGAUCCACCAUGUGAUAAUCUAUUUCAAAGUUUUCACGAAUGAGGACUUUCUCAGGAUAGUCUCAUGGCCGAUUGAAUGAAUUUAAGAAGUAGCAGUAAAUUUGCUGAUGUAAUAUAUUUAGCGAAUCCUGGAAACUUUAUUCUUUAUAGGAGGCGUGGUGAUUUAUACAGAGUAAAGAACUUUAUUGGUAUGUUGAUAUGAAGUUGUUGAUUGUGUCAAUAAAAUGUGAUUGAUCUCCGUUA